CGAAGCGUCUGUUUCUAACAAUCGCAGUGGCUUGUUUAACAUCACGGUAUCAAAUAUUUUCUUUGAUUGGAAAACACGCAGCGUUUGAUAAUAGUGAUUUAGCGGAGGCUCAUCGUUUUACUUUGCCUAGUUACCGAAUAUCAACGCUUGAUUUUAAUCUAAGAACAUUUCUAGGAUUAUUAACUUCUUGGUGAAAUUAAUGUGAAUUUUUUUUAUCUAAUUUUCAGAGAGAAGGAAUGUUUUUAUACGAAAUAUAUAUACUAAUAUAAGCUACAUAGAAUGCAUAGCCGAACGUGUUUCACGCAAUCGCCGGCGGUCAUGGCAACGACAUGUGUGGGAAUAAAAGAGAGAAAAUAUCGGACAGUGCCAAAUAGUUCUUAAUAAAAGAUGACAAACUCAGAAUAAUCUGUUGUCAACGGAAUUAAAUAAUUUGUUCUAUUGGAUUUUUCACUGUCCUGUGUAUAAGAUAUUUUGUUAACAGGACAAUAACUAUUGUUUUCUCCGCGGGAAAAAGACAUCACAGCAUCCGAUAUAUAAAUAUCGGCCCGAGGCGCGCAUUAAUCUUUAGCGGAAAAACGAGUCAAUAUUAUUGGAUUGAACUUAAAAGAUUUAUUCGAAAGUAAGGAGAAAGGUAAAAACAUCAAAACGCAUCAUUUAAUAUUAUGGAUAUCAAAAUAGAAGUAAUUGAUAUUUAAAUAUUUAAUGUUUGUUUAUAAUAGAUAGUGCAAUUAUACAUUAUAAACUGUGAUCAUUUCAAGAAUUACGUGAAAAUGGCAGAAAAUUCGACUUAUCUAGCAGGAACUAAAAUGAAUUCAACACCUGGAUUCUUUUCUUAUGAAGAUUCGACUGUGGGGAUAAACAUGUCGAUAAAUGGUACAUUCGAUGAAAACGAGAUCACACCAGUGAAAUUUAAAUCACCACCUUUGAAGGUGGAAGAUAUCAUAACAUUACCUCUUUAUUCCCUGAUUUUUAUUCUCUCUGUUAUGGGAAAUUUACUAGUGAUUAUAACAUUGAUACAGAAUAAGCGAAUGCGGACCGUAACAAACGUGUUUCUUCUCAACUUGUCUCUUAGUGACUUGCUGUUGGCCGUAUUCUGUAUGCCGUUUACUAUCAUACCUAUCAUGCUGAAGAACUUCGUAUUUGGGGCGACGAUGUGUGUAUUGAUUCGGUACAUGCAGACUAUAUCUGUGACCGUCAGUUGCUUUACCUUGGUUGCAAUCUCUAUGGAGCGCUAUUUUGCAAUAUGCCGGCCCUUUAGCUCAAGAAAAUGGCAGACAUUGAGUCAUUCUUACAGAACAAUAGCCGUAUGCUGGAUUGCGGCCUUUUUCGUCGGCAUUCCCACUGCCGUAUACAAUAAAUACACCUUGCUACCUAGGGGAAAUGCCAUAUGUCGGGAGGUGUGGCCAAAUCCGCUAUGGCACAAAAUAUACACUAUUUUUCUGGACAUUAUUCUUCUUGUGUUGCCAGUUCUAAUAAUGGCACUGUCCUACGGUAAAAUAUCCUAUACAUUAUGGAGUGGAAUGCAAAUGGACAAACAGGAAAUGGAAUCCCAGAAUGGCAACAGUGCAAUCUUUAAACUGGAUAGCGUGCGUAAAAACGAUAUAACCGUUAAAGACGGAUUCGGCCGUACAAUAGGUCCGAGCGACUUGGAAGAUGUACGUAAACCUAUGAAGGCAUCAAACAAGGCGCGCUUUGCCACUCGUACUGGCAUCAGACAGAUCAACAACGAGAGGAGCAGGGCAGCAAAGAAGAGAGUUAUAAAAAUGCUAUUUGCUGUAGUUUUAGAAUUUUUUGUGUGCUGGACGCCUUUAUUCAUUUUACAAACUUGGAUUACUAUAGACAUAGGUCAUGCGUUGGAAAAUUUAUCACAGUUUAUUUUAACAGCAACAUUUCUCUUAGGAUACAUUUCGUCUUGUUGCAAUCCAAUUACGUACUGUUUCAUGAAUAAGAAUUUUCGAAAUGGAUUUAAGUCGGCCUUCCGUUGUUGUCACUUUAGAGACGGAGUACGGGCAAGAAAUGAAAUGCCUUCGUAUAUCCAACAUACUGGAGUAAGUAAUGUGUUAACGUACGAUAAGGUGAACACUAAAGACGAAUCGGAUGAAUUAUGAAGAGAUGUUUUUUUUUUCGGCAUUCUUUUCCAAAGUCUCAAUUAAUUUGAAUCAUGUAAAAACGUUGACAAAAAUUAAAUGUGUUUCCAACAAGGUCAAACUAAAAUUUCUCCGUUUAGUGAAAUAAUGGAAUUGUUAUUCCAGGAAGUUUAUCGUGAUGAAACAAUUUUAUUAUGCAACACAUGAUAAAUACCAAAUUUGUCUUUAAUUGGAUUUUCUUUCAGCGGAACGAAAUAUGUUGCUAGCUUUCAAACAUGCACAGAUAUUUACAUUAUACAUAUUUAGCAAGGCUGAAAAAUGUUACGCAAUAUAAGUCUUUUAACAAAUACAAAUGCUGAAAUUCAGGUGGUGAUGAAAACAGAGUUGGCACCAAAUAUAACAAUAGAGCUUAGAAACUCAGUAUCUGCUUCAUAUAAAAUGCCAUGACGCAUAUCGAAUUGUCUUUUUUAAAAGUUAUUAUACAAUCUAAACAAAAUUCUUUUGGAAGAAAUAAAAUUUGCGACCUCCUUUAAACAGUUUCAAAUUAUUUGAAAAGCCUUUUGCAUUAAGUUGAGGCAUGUUACGUUUAUAAUGCGCAAACGCCAUUCUAGACAAAUACUGAAAACACGAACGUCAAAGGUUCAAGCUUUAGAUUGUUUAGAGAAAUCAAGUGGCAAAAGAAAGUAUUCAUUGAGAAUUCCAUAUCGUUUUAAUUCCUUAAAUGAUUUUUUAAAUAAGAAACCAACAAGCAAACUGGUUACGGCAAAGAUUGUACAAGUUGUCUAGUAUAUCUUGCCAGAUUAUCCGAAAUUUGUAUAACUUUUUGUUAGGUAUAUUAAACGACUUAAAGAGCAUAUCUGUCAGCACUGUUAGUUCAAAACAAUGGUGUAUGGAAGAUAAAAGGUCCAAUGGACAAUUUAUGAUGCUCGCACGAUAUUGCGUACUGUUUUAAUGGCUCUGUAACUAGCUUAGCCUAAAUUUGUUAUGCGUUUAUGAGACGAUAUUUAGAACGAAUGUUUUAGCGCAGUCUCUAUGGUCAAUGCACUACAAUGAAAUCUAAUUUCAAAAGAUAUUUCUUGAUACUGAUUGUCUCUUGUGAAUGUGUUGGAAAUAUGUAUGUUUACAGUCCAUAAACCCGGUGACAAGUUAAAAACUUUUAAGAACUUCAGCGAAUAUGACAAAACAGGUUGCGUAGUUGAGAUGCGUUCGAAAAAAAUAAUUGACAAGUGUGUGAUCUAUUUAUAAUGUAAUUGUAAUGUACAUAAUCGCAAAUAAUUGAUUAAGAUAAGUAUUGCUUAGCUUUGUAAAUCAGCAAAUGUUUAACACGACAAAACGUCUGAAAAAGUAUUCAUUUUGGAAUUUAAUUCAUUUAUAAGCUUAAAGAUAUACAAACAUGAACAAUUCCGUCAUAUAGUUUAUGUAAACAUAAAAUUAAUAGGUUUAUGUGCAUUAACAGUACUAUGAAUUUGGUUUAAAAUAGUACACACUGCAUUGCAUACCUGUAUAGAUAAACAUAGUAUUUUGUACUACCAUUAAAACACUGGCUGUUUUUAUAACAAUCAUCUGUUACUGCAUGACAUUUAGUUCUGAGUGUAGCUCUUUAUGCAAACUUACUUUAAAUAUUUAGUACACUUAAAUACAUUUGAUGAGGAUCUUAUACAUUUUGCGUUAAUAUCGAAUUUCAAAGAUAAAAUAUUUUAUUGAAAGUCGGCAGUUGCAUGAUUUUAAUGUACUUGUACUUGCAGACGGACGAUAUGUAAAAUGAAUAAAUAGCGAAAAGAAGAUAGUUUUACAUGUAAUGUGUAUAGUCUUUUUACAGAUUUAAUUAUCAAAAUUGUGUAUUUCAUACAUAAAAGUUACAAUAAAAUGCCCAAAUACUGUAACAAAUCGAAUUCUGAUUAGGUAAAGAAUAAUUUACGUUAAUUUUAAAUUAGGGAAAUGAAUUUAUAUAUUUCGUCAUUAGAGCACUUCUUUAUUUUAUAAAAUGCAGCAAGUUAUUUGUGUAAAGCAAAGUUAUUAUAUAUUUGUGCUUUAAGUAAAACUAAAGGCUUGAAUUUAUAUUAAAGUGAAAUCUCUA